AUCUCAGAUACUAUUACUUAUAGAAUACAUAGACACAUACACAAUGGGAAGAAGAGCAAAGAAUAAGCAAGGUGUCCCACCUACUCUUGAUGAGUUCCAAGCCAAGCAAGUCAAGAAGGAAAAGAGAAAGAGAGAAGACAAGCCAGAACCAAAACACAAAAAACCAGUAGAGCACAAGAAGUCCAAGAAGCAAAAAGUCGAAGUCGAACAAGAACCAGAACCAGAACUUCCUGAAGUUGAUUUAGAAGAACUUGCCUCCGCUAGAAAGUCACUCUUUGACGAAUCAGACGAAGAAGAACCUCAAGAUGAUGAAUUUGACAUUGAUGGCGAAGACUUGGAUUCAGACGAAGAAGAAAGAGCCCACCCUAUGUUCUCCGACGACGAAGGAUCUGAAGAUGAUUUGGAAGGUUUGAAUGCUGCCAACAUGGAAGCCUACUCUCGUCAGCUUGAUGAAGAAGACGAACUCGAAGCCGAAGAAGCAGAGCUUGAACUCUUGGAAGCAGAAAAGGCCCAACCUCGUGCUGCUGUUUUACCUACGGCAGAAGAAGAAGCCGAGAUUGCUAAAGGUGGACCACAAGAUGUCACUGCUGUUCGUACCCGUAUGCUUGAAAUCGUCAAGGUCUUGGAAAACUUUAAUGACAUGGCCGAAGAAGGCAAGUCUCGUACCGAUUACGUCAACCGUCUUCUUGCUGAUAUCUGUGAGUACUUUGGUUACUCUGAGUUCUUGGCUGAUAAACUUUUCCACUUGUUCUCUCCUGCCGAAGCCAUGGAAUUCUUUGAAGCUAACGAAAUCGCCAGACCAAUCACCAUUAGAACAAACACCCUAAAGACUAGACGUCGUGACCUUGCACAAAAGUUAGUCAAUCGUGGUGUCAACCUUCAACCAAUCGGUUCGUGGACCAAGGUCGGGUUGCAAAUCUUUGAUUCUCAAGUUCCAAUCGGGGCUACUCCAGAAUACCUUGCCGGUCACUAUAUCUUACAAGCCGCCUCAUCUUUCCUUCCAGUCAUGGCUCUUGCCCCACAAGAAAACGAGCGUGUGUUGGAUAUGGCCGCUGCUCCAGGUGGUAAAACCACCUAUAUUUCUGCCCUUAUGAAGAACACCGGGUGUGUGUUUGCCAAUGAUGCAAACAAGGCCAGAACCAAGUCGUUAAUUGCUAAUAUUCAUAGAUUAGGGUGUAAGAACACCAUUGUGUGUAACUACGAUGCCCGUGAGUUCCCCAAGGUUAUUGGUGGGUUCGACAGAGUUUUACUUGAUGCGCCAUGUUCCGGUACCGGGGUCAUUGCCAAGGAUGAAGGUGUCAAGGUCAGACGUACCGAAAAGGAUUUCAUUCAAAUCCCCCAUUUACAAAAACAAUUGCUUUUAUCCGCUAUUGACUCCGUCGACGCCAACUCUCCUACUGGUGGUAUAAUCGUAUACUCCACUUGUUCCGUUGCUGUUGAUGAAAAUGAAUCUGUCGUGGAUUACGCUUUACGUAAAAGACCUAAUGUCAAGUUAGUGGAUACCGAAUUGCAAAUUGGUAAGGAAGGAUUUACAUCAUACCGUGGGAAACAUUUCAAUCCAAAAUUGUCAUUAACUAGAAGAUACUACCCACACACCUAUAACGUUGAUGGUUUCUUUGUGGCCAAGUUUAAAAAGAUUGCUCCUUCUCCACACGAUGUCUCCAAGGCUGGUGCAAAGGAAAAGGAAAGUCUCAUCAGACAAGAGUAUGAAGAUGAAGGUAUCAUUCAUGAUGAUUUCGCUGAAUUUGACGAAGAUGCUGAUAAGGAAAUCGUUGAACUGUCUAUAAAGCGAGGAUUGAAGAGAAAGGGUAUAAAUCCAAACGUCAAAAAGACCAGCGCUUAGUUAACUGUAUAUUACAUAUUAUAAUCUACACUUUGUAUAAAAAUACUCAAAAGUAGUUUGAUCUUUGUUAUUGCAUGUAUCUACUACAUCAAGCACAUAUUCCCCAAACCGUGCUCCUUGAUAUAUUCAGCACCAUACUCUUCAUACUCCUUCUUGGUGAUAUAGCCAGACUUGCAUUCUUCGCUAUCAGCCCACAUUUGCAUCCCAUGCCAAGCAUCCAAAAUUGGAUCUCUAGCGGUUCUAACCUUCAAUGGAGUGCCCACAGGUAAAAACAGUCUGAAAUCUCUCUCUACUCUAGUUUGGAAGUUGGGAAGUUUGGCUAACCCACCAGUAAUAAAUACAUCCUUGAUUACCCGUUCUGCGGCUUCUCUUUCCAAUCUACGAUUGAUCAAACCAGAACAAAUUUCACUGAUCCCAGCUUGAUCCAAUCCGGCAAUGUUGGGUUGGAAAAGGAUUUCGGGAACACGGAUUCUUUCAACAUUGAGAUGCAUUUGGUGAUUCUUGCGGAUAACUUCAGGAUGGCUGGCUAUUUCCUCAGGCGAAAGUCCUUCAGCUUGCAUAGCAAUAGUCAUGUUUGGACGAGGUCCAUGAAUGAAUUUGUGGAGCACCGAACUACUCCAAUCAAAUGUGGUGGCAGCUGCAAACGUAUCUUCAUGAUGGAAAUUUGGAUCAUACUUCAAAAGAUCAUCUUCGAGAUUGGUUAUUUCCGUCAUUAUAUUGGUCAUUUCUUCUUCGAUACUGGUGUUGGAUAUGUCACGGUACAAGUUCCAAUCGUCAUCAUUGGCACCAAACGUAUCGUUGGGAUCAUUAUCAAUGGUGGCAUUGGCAUUUCUACGACGUUUACGUUGGGUAGCUGAUGUCAGGCCAGUUUCAUCAUUGGCCAAAUCAGCAAUAUUUUUCAUUCUUUGUUGGGCAGCAGCAGAUUUCCUGUCUUUAAAAGACUCAAGAAGCUUUUGUCUUUCCUUGUAUUUGCUAAUAGCACUGGCUAACUGGACUCGUUUCGUGGUGCACCAAUCAUCCAAGUCACGUUCCCUCCAUUCUUGUUGUUCCUUUUCGUAUGCAGCUUUAGCUUCUUCUUCUUGUCGUUUAAGUUCCUUGGUUCGUUCUCGAGCUUCAUAAUUGGCCUUGUGAAGUUUUUGUUUACGCUUUUCCUUGAUUUGCUCGUCGGUUAAUUGAUCGUCGGGGGUAUCAACCAAUGGCCAGGCACUGCCGGCAUCAAACUCAUCCUCUUGUUCUUCGUGGUCGGCUCUUUUGACGGAUUUUUCAAGCGAAACCAUGUAUUUGUUGAAAUCAUCCAAAUCGUCAAACCCAUCCUCAGAGAGACGAGCUUCAAUUUGCUCCUUAGUUAAGUUCACCAUUUCCGUUUUAAAUUUGGAGUAGUACUCCCAUUCCUCCUUCUUUUGGGCUUGUUUCUCGAGUCUUUUCUGCUGGGCCUGUUCUUGAAGCCUCUUACCUUGUUCCUUUCUCUUUUGUUGUUGUUUUGCAAUUUCUUCUUCUGACUUUUUAGGUUCGGGAUUGCUAGCAAUUUCAACUGGCACUUGAACGACAAUAUCCUUUUGUUCCAAAACAUCCAUAUCGAGAAUAUGUUUCAACUCCUCCUGGUAAUUCUCUGAUACAUAACAGUAAUCCUUGAACAAGUUUGUUGUUUGGUGUGAGUUCAACUUGGUAGGGAAAUAAGGAUACUUCAAAGAAAGCAAUUUUCCAAGGAAAUUCUGACACUGGUCACCACCCCAGUCAAUACGUUUACUUUGCAGCAUCACACCCUUGCCUGAAACCACGGGGAUCACAUACGUCAGUUCGUGCCC